UGUCUAGAAUCAUAGUUUGACCAUUCUCGUGUUGUGUGACAGGAACUUUUUCUUCGCUGAUAUACUAGUUGUCGGAUCUAUUUGCUGGCACUGUUCAAUCCAUGCAGCAAAAUUACUUUCAUCGAUUCCCUACUUCACCUCUACCAGCACGGCUGACGUCACCACGCCCGGUCUGGUUCUUCUACCGAUAAGCAACCCAGGUUUCCUGACACUUCGACCCAAAUUGCUGUUUUUGACUUGUUGCUGACUCGAGUGUGGAUCCAUACCGCUAAUUGCUUCAAAUCUCUUUCCCGUGAUCCUUCAGUUACCAACCUUUCAAUGGGCCCAGUAUUUUCCAAAAACGAUAGCUUGGAAUUUACUGUGCUGCCUUCGGAGGAAACUUGCGGACCACUUGGGUUAGGUGACCCGGAUUCCCAUGAGCUUAGCUCAGUAGAGAAGGAUACCAUAAUACCUGCUCUGAUGAUGGAUCAUUUGCGUUCGAAACAGUGUAUGGAAUUAUGGGACCGCAGAUUCGUCAUUAUCUUAGGCAUAAUCUUGCGUUUCAACAUUUAUGCCGUCAUCUUCUUCCUCUUGUGCAUCGCGGAGCGCACGUUUCAGCAGCGUCUUCUGUACGCCAAGUACUUCUUCUCCCUCACCUCGGCUCGACGCGCACGUAAAUAUCAUGUUCCCCAGUUUCGGCUGAACAAGUUGCGUCACAUUAAAUGCUGGUUGACACUGCGUUCCUAUUUGAAAAAGCGCGGUCCUCAGCGCUCAGUGGAAGCGAUCAUCGCUGCUGCCUUCUAUAUCGUGUUUGUUUUUGGACUUGGGUUGUGUUCACAGCUUUUAUCCCGGAAAGAUACCAACGUAUUCUCGCACCUCACCAACUGGGACAUACUCGGUCUGGUCCUUGCCAUAAUGGUCUUCCUCCAUCGUUUCAUCAUUUUGGGCACCAAGAUCACAAACAAAUAUCGCAACUUUUCGGUCCUUAUUACUGAACAGAUUAACUUGUAUCUCAGCAUCGAAAAGAAGCCGCACAAAAAGGAUGAGCUCAUGUCAACCUUACAAGUCCUUCGAUUGGUCGAAAGCUUGCUGAAAGAAGUUGAUGGGCCUUUCCGUGUGUGUGGCUGGACGGUGAACCCAUUGGUCUACAAUGUCUUCAAAUUAGUUCUUCUCUCUUGCUUCUCCUCUCUCUUAUCGGAAACGCUUGGGUUCAAGCUCAAACUGUACAAACUAAAAUUGAAUGCCGCCAACUGGUAGUUGCUCCUCGUUCCUUUUAUCUUUAAUGUCCCGCGAUGCAUCUGCCCCGAAGUUUACUUUGUUGAAGCCGUCAGAACUCGCAUUUCGUCACAUCAUUGCUGUUGCCACGACUAACAGCUCGCAAGAUGGUUUCGCAUACGUUCACACCUAUUUUUAUUUCUUCCAUGGUUUUGCAUCUUUAGUUUUCCUUGUAUUCAAGGGCUUGUGUACACCUCAUUGCUAAUUUUACAUCAUAUUUCUCUCG